AGGAGAACGCGGUCGGUAUAAUCAAUGGGGAAACCAUAGAUCCGUAUAGUGCGUUAUUUGCUGCACUAUUCUACAUAUAUAACCUGUAUAAUGGAAUAUAUUACCAAUGGGAAAUAAUAGGACAAUUAACCAUGCCUUGUUGCACUUAACCUAUAAUACAAAUGUAUAUUCCGUGACCUCUAACGUCGAACCCACCAAUGGUGAAUCAAUAGGGCCGAAAACCGUGUAUUGCUGUUCUUUUCUGGUCUCUUCUUAACCGCAUUUAUGCUACCGGAAGUCAGUGAAAGUGAAAGUAGUAUCACAUGACAGGGAAGAAAAACAAAGAAGACGUCGACACUGUUUUCUUGAGAGAUCGUCUUGCACCAUGUACAUAAGAUAUAUUUCAAAGAUAUUAAUGUUUUUAACAUGCUUUAGUCUUGUUAAUUCUGAAAGUGUGCACUCUCCCAGCUUUCCGUGGGACCUUUCUAUGGAUUAUCUGGAAAUGCAGCACAUGAAACUGAAAUAUGGAUUGACUGGAAUACCACCAAUAACGAAUAGGUCGGCCCCGUAUCCUGUUUAUGACAAUUGUAUGGCAUACCUUGAAGAGUUUGGGAAAUAUGCAUCAAAAUUUAUCAAGUGUACCGUUGAGAAAGCAAGACCGUUUCGAUUCUGUGAGGAAUGUGUGAUACACUACAAACUUACAAUCGAAUUGUAUUCAAAUAUUUUAGAGGACGACAAAGACAAAGAUGAUUGUAAAAGUUUGCUGCUAAAUGCUGAUCGUAUCCAAGUACUUAAUGAGAUUUACAACAACAUAGAACAGAUUUGGAAGGAAGCUAACUGUAAAGGAUGUUUCAGAAGUGUGGCUGUAGAUGUCAACGGUACAGUUGUCUAUAAAUACAGCAAAGACACAAUGGAAUUCAUGGACAAAUAUAAAGUGGUGUCUGCAUGUCUGCGCCACAAUCAAGCUCAUGGGGAUGGCAACAAUAGUGUGUGUGAGGUUUGUCGGGGAAAUUACACACAGCUGAAUUCUUUCUUCAAGAAAGUGCGAGCAGCUAAAAAAGAUUCUGUGUGUAUGGAUCUUGUGGAUAUGAUGAACUACACACGCCUGAUGUGGGGUCAGCAGCUUCACUGCUCCCGACACUCCCCUGAUGAUGCUGUAGUGGUCAUUAUAGCAGUGGCUCUCCUCGCACUGCCAGUAGUCUUCUAUGUUGGAGCCAGGUACUUCGUAGUGAGGACUAAAAGAAAACUGAUGCUGCAAAAGAGAAUGUCCCAGGUUGCUGCACAGACAUUGUUUAUUCGAGGAGCUGCCAGCAGUACUAGUAAAGAUGAUGAGGAAACACAGCUUUUAUCUACCUCCUUCUCCUGACAGUGCUGAGAGACUGACCAUUACAAUACCAGAAUGUGUUCACUUGAAAAUCACUCCUGCUCUCCUAGAGGUUGUCAGUAACUGUUAAAAGAAAGACUGUCAGAGUUAAAUGCAUCAAUUGUCUACCACCUUCAGCUUUUAUAUUACAAAAAUUAAGAGUUCUUGGGUAUGAUGGAGCUUGAAAAAUUGCAUUUUGAAAAGAUUUUGCAAAUAUUUAAUGUUGCAGAUAUAUUUCCAUUUAAUAUUGCUAGUCUACAAGCUGCAUUUUGAAUAGUAGCAAAUAAUUAUCAAAUGAUAGUAUUUUUAUGUGUUAAACCUGGACUUGUGAAUUUAAAAUUAAACAUUAUUUAUUUUACAACAAUUGUAAAACAAGUUAAGUAUGAACAUAUAUUAAUCAGUCUUGUUGCCUGGAUGGUAGUGUACAGGGAUCUGAAUGUGGGAGGAAACCAGCGUACUCUAAUUGGUCGAGUAGGUGACUAUAUGUUUUCAUAUCAGUCAAGGAACUGAACCCUGAAUGCCUUGGUGAAAGGCGAAUGCACUAUCCGCUGUGCCAUCCAACUCCUCUUGUGACAUCCUCGAUACUCCAGGGGGCUACACUCACUUACGAUCUCCCCAGAGUGAGGAUAGAUUUAUAAUAAUGAGAAGUGACUAGUGAAUGGUGAAUAGUGACUGGUGAAUGAUAAUUAGUGACUCGUGAAUGAUAAAUAGUGACUCAUGAAUGAUAAAUAGUGACUCGUGAAUGAUAAUUAGUGACUUGUGAAUGAUAAUUAGUGACUCGUGAAUGAUAAUUAGUGACUCGUGAAUGAUAAUAAGUAACUCUUUUUCUUUUAGGGAAAAAUUAAUAUUAUUAUCAACCCGAAAAAAAUUGGGGGGGUUAUACAUGUAGCCGUCAUGCAGGGUGUCUGUCCAUCUGUCAGUAUUUCUCGUUUGGAUAAAAAUAUCUUGUAUCAAUCAGCAUGCCUGUGGUCUUCCUCGUUGAGCUAUAUUAUUAGAUACCGGCCAUAAAUCAUGGCAAAGGACCUUGCAUCCGAAGAGCCUUUAACAUUUUGUAUUUAAUCAAUUUUUGAAUCAGAUAAUAAAACAGCUCUAGACUUAUGUGAUGGUAAAUAUGAUGUGAUAUGAACCUGCACUUCAGCUUGGUCAAUAUCACCUUUUCAGGUCUAUAUGGCCUUAUAUGAGAGAGUAUGAAACCGUAUAUACCUGAUCAUAUUCACUUUCACAUCAGUCUAUAACUGUAUAGUGACUGGUGUGUUGGGUGCUGAAGGGUGAAUGUACAUUAGUGAAAGAUGUUUAUUGGUUGUAAGUGAUGGACAUUGAGUAAAGGAUGUUUUGAAUGAGAAAA